GACUUUCUGGUAAGAAGAGGUUAAGCAUGAGCCUCACCAACCAUCUCAAGGUGCCUCCCAAAAGCUUCGAUUUUAGUGGGAAAAAGAAAAAGCCUCAGGCAGGUUAGAGGUACUUCAAUUGGUUUUCAUGGAAGGGUUGGUGAGUUCUGGGAUCAACCCAGUUUGCGUUUUUUGUUGCAAGAAACACCAAUCUCUUUUCGUUCCUUCAUCGACGCUGCAUCUGAAGAAGAGGAACAACAUUGCCUCUGGGAUUGGUGUUGAGAUCGUGAAGCAUUCUUCGCCAAUGGUUGUUGUAGCUGCUGCUUCGUCUGUUGGUGGAGCUAAAGUGGGCCAUUUUGAGAACACUAUUCCUUCCAAAGAAACUCUUGAUCUUUGGAGAAAGUGUAGUGCUGUGUGCUUUGAUGUCGAUAGCACCGUCUGCUUGGAUGAAGGUAUUGACGAGCUUGCCGAGUUCUGUGGUGCUGGAAAGGCUGUUGCUGAAUGGACUGCUAGAGCUAUGGGUGGUUCUGUUCCUUUUGAGGAAGCCUUGGCUGCUAGACUGAAAUUGUUCAAUCCCUCUUUAUCUCAGGUUCAGAAUUUUCUUGAGCAAAGGCCCCCACGGCUUUCCCCUGGCAUUCAAGAAUUAGUCCAGAAGCUGAAGGCCAAUCACAUGGAUGUAUAUUUGAUAUCUGGAGGCUUUCGUCAAAUGAUCAAUCCUGUUGCAUCGAUUCUCGGGAUACCAAAAGAGAACAUUUUUGCCAAUCAACUACUUUUCGGAAGCUCUGGAGAGUUUCUGGGUUUUGAUGCAAAUGAACCUACUUCAAGAAGUGGCGGCAAAGCUACUGCAGUACAACAACUGAGGAAGGCUCAUGGAUACAAGGCAUUAGCUAUGAUUGGGGAUGGUGCAACUGAUCUUGAGGCUCGCAGACCAGGUGGUGCUGAUUUGUUCAUUUGCUAUGCCGGUGUUCAACUUCGAGAAGCUGUUGCUACAAAAGCUGAUUGGCUGGUUUUCAAUUUUAAAGACCUCAUCAAUUCGCUAGAGUAACCUUUUUUUUUUUCAGCUUUUCCUUUUUGGAUCCCAAUCUGAUAAGUGUUCCAAAUUUUAUAAAGGUUCUGGUAACCUUCUAUGAUAUUAGAGCAUUAUAGAAGUAUGAGUAAACGAACAUGGUAACCUGUCUGUGGUACACCUAAAUAAGUAUGGUGUACCACUAGAUCCAAUGGUGAAUAUGUAAGUCUAGAGAUGUGUUAACCAUUGGAUCUAACUAAUAAUCUGUUGUACUCCAUACUUAUUUUGGUGCACUGUAGCCGUGGCCAAGAAAUAUUUUUCGAUCUGUAUUUCUGCCAAUUUCCCCCCUUGAUUUAAUUGUACAAAUGUUCUUAUCUUUAUGUAAUUUUUGUGCUUGAGAGCAUUCAGAAUUAC